AACUUGAGCUCGCGCUGGUGCGGUUAGUUAGCAGGCGUUGAGUUUGAGGUAGCGGCGUAAACACUAACGAUAAUUCAAAUAAGUCCAAAACGGUUUUUUUAAAAGUGUAUUUUAGCAACAGGAAUUUUGUCGGUUCUGUACCGGCAGGUUAGUGUUUAAAUUACUUAAUAACAGGAAUUAUUCGACGUUUAAAGGCAGCUCCGACCGCCUGAGGUAAUGGCCGCAACGGAAGCACCACUGAAGGCUUUGUUCGAGAACAAGGGCCCAAGCAAAGUGAAGAAGAAUGCAGAGCACCUCUCCGUGGAGCGCAUCUACCAGAAGAAGACGCAGCUGGAGCACAUCCUGCUCCGGCCGGACACCUACAUCGGGUCCGUGGAGCCUGUCAAGCAGCAAAUGUGGGUGUUUGAUGAAGUGGUCGGGAUGAACUGCAGGGACAUCACGUAUGUUCCCGGCCUCUACAAGAUCUUUGACGAGAUCCUAGUCAAUGCUGCGGAUAACAAGCAGAGGGACAGCAGUAUGAACUGUAUCAAGAUCACCAUUGACCCAGAGAACAACACCAUCAGCAUCUGGAACAAUGGGAAAGGCAUUCCUGUGGUGGAGCACAAAGUGGAGAAGGUGUACGUGCCGGCUCUCAUCUUCGGCCAGCUGCUCACCUCCAGCAACUACGACGACGACCAGAAGAAGGUCACGGGUGGCCGUAACGGAUACGGCGCCAAGCUGUGCAACAUCUUCAGCACCAAGUUCACCGUGGAGACAGCGUGCAGGGAGUCCAAGCACUGCUUUAAACAGACGUGGUACGACAACAUGGGCCGUGCGGGCGAGUCCAAAAUCAAGCCGUUCAGCGGCGAUGACUACACGUGCAUCACCUUCCAGCCUGAUCUGUCCAAGUUCAAGAUGGAGUCUCUGGACCGUGACACGGUGGCGCUGCUGACCAGGCGAGCGUAUGACAUCGCCGGCUCCACCAGAGGCGUCAAGGUGUACCUCAACGGCACCAAGCUGCCUGUGAACGGGUUCCGCAGCUACGUAGACCUGUACGUGAACGGCAGGACGGACGAGACUGGUUCUCCGCUCACCGUAGUGCACGAGGUGGUGAACCCGCGCUGGGAGGUCUGUCUCACCAUGAGUGAGAAGGGCUUCCAGCAAGUCAGCUUCGUCAACAGCAUCGCCACCACCAAGGGUGGAAGACACACAGACUAUGUGGCCGACCAGAUCGUAACCAAAAUGAUCGAGGUGGUGAAGAAGAAGAACAAGGGCGGUGUUGCAGUCAAGCCGUUCCAGGUGAAGAACCACAUGUGGCUGUUUGUGAACUGCCUGAUCGAGAACCCCAGCUUCGACUCACAGACCAAAGAGAACAUGACGCUGCAGCAGAAGAGCUUCGGCUCCACCUGUACACUCGGCGAGAAGUUCAUUAAACAGGCGAACAGCUGCGGCAUCGUGGAGAGCGUGAUGAACUGGGUGAAGUUUAAAGCUCAGACUCAGCUCAACAAGAAGUGCUCGGCUGUCAAACACACCAAGAUCAAGGGCGUGCCCAAACUGGACGACGCCAACGACGCAGGUGGUAAGAACUCGGCCGGCUGCACUCUGAUCCUCACAGAGGGAGACUCGGCCAAGACCCUGGCCGUGUCCGGACUGGGCGUGGUGGGCCGCGAUCGCUACGGCGUUUUCCCCUUGCGUGGAAAAAUGCUCAACGUGCGGGAGGCUUCGCACAAACAGAUCAUGGAGAACGCCGAGAUCAACAACAUCAUCAAGAUCCUGGGUCUGCAGUACAGGAAGAACUACAGCGACCCCGAGUCGCUCAAGACGCUGCGCUACGGCAGGCUCAUGAUCAUGACUGAUCAGGAUCAGGAUGGCUCACACAUCAAAGGGCUUCUCAUCAACUUCAUCCACCACAACUGGCCCUCGCUGCUGCACCACAACUUCCUGGAGGAGUUCAUCACGCCCAUCAUCAAGGCGUCGAAUAAGAAGCAGUCGCUCUCCUUUUACAGCAUCCCAGAGUUCACCGAGUGGAAAGACAAGCAGAGCAACCUGAAAUCAUGGAGGAUCAAGUACUACAAAGGUUUGGGUACAAGCACAGCCCAGGAGGCUAAAGAGUAUUUCUCGGACAUGCCGAGACACCGCAUCCCGUUUAAAUACUCCGGGCCCGCCGACGACGAGGCCAUCACCCUUGCCUUUAGUAAGAAGAAAGUGGAAGAGAGAAAGGAGUGGCUCACCAGCUUCAUGAUCAACAGGCGACAGCGCCGCGAGCACAACCUGCCCGAGGAGUAUCUGUAUGGGAAGGAGACCACGUCGCUCACCUACAGAGACUUUGUCAACAAGGAGCUAGUGCUUUUCUCCAACUCGGACAACGAGCGUUCUAUCCCGUGUCUGGUGGACGGUCUGAAGCCGGGCCAGCGGAAGGUGAUGUUCUGCUGCAUGAAGCGAAAUGAUAAACGUGAGGUGAAGGUGGCUCAGCUCGCCGGUUCUGUCGCCGAGAUGUCUGCCUACCACCACGGAGAGACUUCUCUGAUGAUGACCAUCGUGGGUCUGGCCCAGAACUUUGUAGGCAGCAACAAUCUGAACCUGUUGCAGCCCCUGGGGCAGUUCGGUACACGCCUUCACGGUGGCAAAGACUCCGCCAGCCCCAGAUACAUCUUCACCAUGCUCAGUUCUCUGACUCGGCUGCUUUUCCCCCCCGUGGACGACAACCUGCUGAAGUACAACUACGACGACAACGUACGCGUGGAGCCCGAGUGGUACGUUCCCAUCAUCCCGCUCGUCCUGGCCAACGGCGCCGAUGGCAUCGGGACGGGCUGGGCCAGCCGCCUCCCCAACUACGACGUGCGCGAGAUCGUCAGCAACAUACACCGCAUGCUCGACGGCCAGGAGCCUCAGCCCAUGUUGCCCAGUUAUAAGGGCUUUAAAGGAACGAUCGAGGAGCUGACUACCAACCAGUACAUGAACAGUGGCGAGGUGGCCAUCAUCGACGAGACCACCAUCGAGAUCUCAGAGCUGCCCGUAAAAACCUGGACUCAGACGUACAAAGAGAACGUGCUGGAGGUGAUGAUGAACGGCUCAGAUAAGGUUCCCGCCCUGAUCACCGAUUAUAAAGAGUACCACACGGACACCACCGUGCGCUUCGUGGUCAAAAUGACGGAGGAGAGGCUGCGCGAGGCCGAGGCGGCGGGCUUGCACAAAGUCUUCAAGCUCCAGAGCCCGCUAACCUGCAACUCCAUGGUGCUGUUUGACCACGUGGGGAGCCUGAAGAAGUACGAGACGGUGCAGGACAUCAUGAAGGACUUCUUCGAGCUGCGUCUGAAGUACUACGUGCUGAGGAAGGACUGGCUGCUCGGCAUGCUGGGAGCCGAAAACGCCAAGCUCUCCAACCAGGCGCGCUUCAUUCUGGAGAAGAUCCAGGGCACGCUCGUGAUCGAGAACAAGCCCAAGAAGCAGCUGAUCUGCAUGCUGCAGGAGAUGGGCUACGACUCGGAUCCUGUUAAAGCCUGGAAACAAUCCCAGGAGAAGGAAGUGGAGGAAGAAGCGAGCGACGAAGACGAGGAGAAGGAAAAAGAGGAGGAGACGUCAGGACCGGACUAUAAUUACCUCCUGAGCAUGCCCAUGUGGUUCCUCACUAAAGAGAAGAAAGACGAGCUGUGCAAGCAGAGAGACGCGAAGAUGAAUGAGUUGAACGUGUUGGAGAAGAAGUCUCCUACAGAUCUGUGGAAGGAGGAUCUCGCCGCCUUUACCUUGGAGCUCGAGCGCGUGGAGCAGGCCGAGCGAGACGCCCAGGUCUCGGUCGCCCAGGUCAAGACCAAAGGGGGCCGGGCUAAGGUGGUGAAGGUGAAAAACGAGACCAUGCCCACUCCUCAGGGCCGACGCGUCAUUCCACGCAUCACCAGCGCCAUGAAGGGCCAGGCUGUCAAAAAGGUCGUAGCCAGGAAGGGCAAAGCCAAGGCGGGCGAGAGCGACGGCAGCGGCAUGGUGAUUAAGAUGGAGUUCGGUGGUGGUGAGGACGAGGAACUUCAGGAGAUGGGACUCGCCGCUCGUCUCACCAAAAAGGCCAAGAAGGAACCCAAAGAGAAAGUUUCUAAGUCAGGGAAGCAGACCACGCUGCAGUUUAAACCUGUCAAGAAGGAGAAGAAGAAAAAGAACACUUGGUCGUCUGACGAGGAGGAGGAGGAGGAGAGCGAGGAAGAAGGUUCGGACGUGUCCGGAGAUGCAGGCGACGUGGCUCCUAGAGUGCGGCCCGGCAGAAAAGCUAACGCUGGUGUGAAGUACUGCCUGUCUGACAGCGAGGAGGAAUUUAAGAACUGGGAAGGUUUAGGCAAAAAGAAAGCUCGAGCAGUUGUUGAGGAGGAUGAUGAUGAUGAUGAUGAUGACAUGUUCGUCCCAGAACCCAGCGAGAGUGAGCAGGACUCACCUGCUCCGCCUCCACUGAGAAAAACCCAGCCAAAAACAAAGGACGAGAAGGAGGCGGUGAAGAGCACGCUCACCUCUGAAAGCAGCGCCGCUUCUAAACUUCCGCCCAAGCCCAAAGAGAAAGCGGCGAGGAAACCUGCGGCGAAGAAGACUACGACUGCCGCGGCGUCCAGAAAGAAAGGAACGGCGACAGAUGUGAAGCAGCCAUCGAUCCUCGACGCGCUGUCCAAACCCGCCGCCGCUAAAAAGAGCACGGCCGCAAAACCUCAGACCUCCAGUGACUCCGGAAACUCCGACCCCGCACCGGCAGCCAAAAAAGCAGCAGCAGCGCGCAAGAGGAAGACGGUGCUGAGCAGCGACGAGUCGGACAGCGACUCGGACGGAGGAAACCUCAUGGCCCGCCUCAAAGGCAAGGCCGCAGCUGCAGGAAAGAAAAGCAAGCGGGGCGACGACGAGAGCUUUUCUUUGGACGUGACGUCCUCCGGCGUGGCCCCGAGGAGCAAAACGGCACGCAGCACAAAACCGGUCACCUACGUGCUGGACUCUGACUCGGACAGUGACUUUUAACCUGUUUACCGUCACCUCGCGGUGCCAGAAUGAAGCUAACGUUGUACAUGCGUUUUUAAACCUUCAGUAUUCGGUUUCAUUUCCUUUUUAGUGUCGCAGCAUCACGUUUUAAAGCUUCUGGGGGAAAAGUCGAAUAUUGAUGUGGAAGAUUUUUAAGUGUUUUGAGGAGCUGUUUGUCUGUCUUGUAAAUAUUUCCUGUUUUGCUUUUUCUACUAAACAUUUUUCCAAAAUAAAACCAAUAAACUUUG